UCUGAUUGCUCUAGUGUGCGGUGAACACGACUCGCAAGCCAUCUUGCUCGUGAGACGAUUGCUGAACAUAUUGCUCUAGUGUGCAGCGGCUUUUAGUGUUACUUGAUUUGACGAUCGUGGUGGCACCGUGCCUUGCUAGUCUGCAGCAACGCUACAGCAACAUACGCACCGACGCAAAGUGUUGGCAUCGUCUGCACCCACACAGUCGUCGUCACGGCGAUGACAGCUGAGGGCAUCGGUGCGGCGGUGUUCUAUGGAGUAUGUUCGAGUUCGAUGGCCUUCCUGAACAAAGCCGUUCUGAACACGUACGGAUUCAACUAUCCGUUCUUCAUCAUGACCCUGCAGAUGCUGUUCUCGGUUGUCGUGUUAGAAGCGCUGCGACUAACCAACAAGGUCAACAUUCCGGCGUACAGCCUCGCCAGGGGGCGCUACUUCCUGCUUCCGUCGAUCUGCUACGCGUUUCACGCGACGCUGUCGUUGGUCGCCCUGAGCGGCAUGAACAUUCCCAUGUACGGCUUGCUGAAGCGAUGCACGCCCCUCGUCAACCUCGCUCUCUCCGUCUUCAUGCUCAAGAAGGGGGCGCCACCAGCCACGGUCGUCGUCGCCGUGAUGCUGAUAACGGGAGGCUGCGUCGUAGCGGGACUCGGUGACCUGACCUUUGACCCGGGCGCGUACGCCGCGUGCGCGGCCAGCGUGUUUGCGCAGGCGUUCUACCUGACCCUCGUGCAGCGCUGCGGCGAGGCGGCGCUCUCCGCGCACGACAUCCUCCAACUCAACAGCUUCAACUGCCUCCCGAUGGUCGCCGCGGCGACGCUCCUCCGCGGCGAACCCGCCGCCAUGAUGCGCGGCGGCGACGGCAGCGCCCCCUGGCGGUCGGCGGAGUUUGCGGCGGCGCUCGCGGCGACCGUGUGCGCGGGGGCGCUGCUAAACUACGCGCUGUUUCGCUGCACGACGCUCAACUCGGCGCUGACGACGAGUCUCGUCGCCGCGGCGAAGGGCGUCGCGCAGACGUGCGUCGGAGCGUUCGCGUUCGGCGGCGUCGCGCUCAACGCGCCCGUCGUCGCCGGCAUCGCCGCCAACACCGCCGGCGGCGCCCUCUACGUGUACGGAAGGUACCGCCAGGGGGCGCCGGCGUCGCGCGCGUCGGACGCGGAGCGCGGGACGAGGAAGCGCGGGAACGACGUGAACGCUAACGUGGCGCGCUCGUCGCGGUGA